AGCUUAAAUUGUCACACGAUGAGAAAAAGUUUACACAAUUUUAGGAUAAUUUUCUGUUAUAGGAUGUAUAAUUUGUAAAGAUUAUGCAUCUAACAGAUAAAUCACGUUUAAUUCUAUAAUUUCUCUCUUAGUAAAUGUUAAACUGUUUUAAUUAAAAGAGGUUAGAAACCGCAAGAGUAGUACACGUAUGCAGCAAACUGGUGUUUUUACGAUAUUUGGCCAAUUAGGCCAGAAAUGACGUGAGUUGAAAUCUUGAAUAGUUAAAGUGACAAGAUGUUGCCCCUCACCCAGAAGGAUACGAGGAUUCCGCGGGGACCUUUAGGCGGGAUACGUGAAAAAUUUCAGAACUGGUUCAGACUUAUUUAUUCGGAUAAAAAUUCUAGGAACCUAUUCAUGUUCUUAAUACUUAACUUAUCAUUUGCUUUUGUCGAGCUCUUUUAUGGGAUAUGGACUAACAGCUUAGGUCUUAUCUCUGAUGCAUUCCAUAUGUUCUUUGAUUGCACGGGCCUGGUGGCCGGCCUGGCAGCAUCCCUUGUGUCUAAGUGGAGAGCAAAUGAGCGCUAUUCAUAUGGCUAUGCAAGGGCUGAAGUCCUAGCUGGUUUUGUAAAUGGCCUCUUCCUCUUGUUCAUUGCUUUCUUCAUUAUGAGUGAAGCUGUUGAAAGAGCCAUUGAACCUCCAGAGGUUAAACACGAACGUCUUCUAUUGGUGUCAGUGCUCGGUUUCUUAGUGAACCUGGUCGGCAUAUAUGCUUUCCAUCACGGCCACGGACAUGGCCACUCUCACGGUGGCCACGGCCACUCGCACAACCACGACCACAGCCAUGGUCAUUCCCACGACGACAUGGAGGCACCCACUGGUGCUGGCUCCGCCAUCAUGCGAGGCGUGUUCCUCCACGUGCUAGCUGACACGCUCGGCUCCGUCGGUGUCAUAAUUUCCGCCAUACUAAUGCGCACGUUCGGCUGGAUGCGAGCCGACCCAAUCUGUUCUAUGGCUAUCGCGUUGCUAAUCGCGGCGAGUGUGCUCCCCCUAGUGCGUGACUCCGCCGGUGUCCUCAUGCAACGGACUCCAACGUCGAUCGAGCGCGCUCUCCCCAAUUUGUUUACGCGUGUGGUCGGGCUGGCGGGCGUGCACGCGGUGCAGGAGCCCCACUUCUGGACCCUGUGCAGUGACGUUCAUGUGGGCGCGAUCAAGCUGGAAGUGGCGCGACAGGUGGACCCGCGUUACGUGACGGAGCAGGCCGGGAGGAUAUUCCGGGAGGCGGGCGUCAAACAUCUCACAGUGCAGUUGGACUAUUCCCCCCUUUGAUCCUGAAUGUAAGCUAAAAGUCACAAAUGUACAGAUAUCCACAAAGUGGAGUGUUCUUGUUUGAAUCAUCAUUGGUUGUUGUAAUAGUAGGCGCAAUCAGAAAGGUUUUUAUCAUGUCUGUGGUAAUAGAUAACUUAAUUUUAACCAAACAUACCAAUGAUAUAGUGUAGUCUUAAAAAAGACUAAAAUAUGGUUAUUUGAGCUGCAUGUUUGAUUAUGCUGUGAAUGUUUUAAAAAAAAAAACUCAAAUAAUCAAAUUAUAAAAUGUGUAUUUGAAUCAAACAGUUUUUGAAGUCUCUUAUUGCGACAGUUGAUCUUUGAUUCAAACAAUUAAUUGUAUAUAAGGAAAGUAUUAUAAGAACCCAAUAGUUCCAAAAUAGAACCGAAAGUUUGCAAUUUUUUUAUGCAAUGUUUAAAAAGUUUUUAUAUGAAAGAAAAUGAAUUAUGCGUGCUAGUAAAUAGUGUUAAUUAGGAUAAAGAAAUUUCUAAAAGCUUGUUUCAAGCAUUUGUUUUAUGUUAAAUGUGAUUAUUAAGACUUGAUAUACUUUGUUUCCAUUUUUUUAAAGAUUUAGUUUCUCAUUAUGACAGUUUCAAAUUGUUUUUGUAAUAAACAAGCCAUAAAAUACGCCAAACAUUUUUUAUAAAUGUGGCCAUGCCAUUUUGUUAGCCUUAGUUAACAAAAAAAGUAAAAAAAAAAAUUGCCGCUAGAUUCCAUAUAAGGGCAUUUUCAAUGGCUGGUAACAAACUUACAGGGUUUAUCAAUUUAUCGUCCCUACAAUAUAAAAAAAACUUUUUUAACAGCUAUGAAUAAAUGCACAAAAUUGACAAAAAUUGUUACCAAUAAAUUUUAUGAGAUAUCAAUAUUUCUUUGUCAUUUUUGUGUCAAAAAGCUUGGUUGUAAUAUUGUAGACA